AUGGUUCUGGAUCGCCAGUCGGCCGCAGUGGCCAAUUCGGUACACUCGCCGCGUAAGAAGUUGCGCAUCGGCUUUGUUCACCCGGAUCUUGGCAUUGGCGGAGCAGAGAAGCUCAUCGUCGACGCCGCGCUCUCGCUCCAGCAACUCGGACACGAGGUCGUCAUCUUCACCUCGCAUCACGAUCCUCGCCACUGCUUCGAAGCGACGCGCGAUGGGACGCUCAAAGUACAGGUGAUGCGCACCGCGAUACCACGAUCUUUCCUAGGCGGCUUCCAUCUACCUUGCGCCAUCUUGCAGCAGAUGAGCCUGGUCUUCCAGCUCAUUCUUUCCAUCACAUUGUUCAACUACCCCGGAACCAUGCCUCGCUUCCUGUCAAGAUGCUUGACCUCUUCGCCCCCUAUUCCUGCUUUCGACCUGUUCUUCUUUGAUCAGCUGCCAGCAGGAAUCCCCUGGCUCAAGAUCCUACUCGCCACGCGUGUGGUAUACUACUGCCACUUUCCCGACAAGGACAUCAGCAAUUCGAUCGCGAUGCAAAAAGCACAUGCAAGAGGCGAGUCAGGGCCUUCUGUCUUCCGCAAAUUGUACCGUUUGCCUUUUGACCUGUACGAGGAAGGCACCACCGACUACGCAGACAAGAUCCUGGUCAACUCGGAGUUCACCUCGGCUCAAUUCGUCAAGUCGUUCUUUCGGCUCAGAAGGCUGCCAAGGGUUUGCUAUCCAGGCGUCGAGGCGGAGCAGUUCCGUCCCGAUAGGGUGGAGCAGGCGGUCAAGAAGCUCGAGCAAGAGGCGAAAGAGGCAGGCGACCCGAUCAGACCGUCCAUCGCAAAGUUCUGCGAGGAUGAAAGCAAGACGACGCUGCUGUCCAUCAAUCGGUUCGAGGCAAAGAAGAAUGUAGCUUUGGCUUUGGAAGCCUUUGCCAUCGCACAGAAAGAGCUCGCAGCUACUUCCACCAACAACGACGGGAUUGGUCCGCUGAGACUGGUGCUGGUGGGCGGGUACGACAAGCGUGUCGGUGACAAUGUUGCGACGCUCAAGGAGCUUCAGACGCAAGCUCAGGAGCUUGGUCUGUCAUCCGUGACGCUCAGCUACCACCGUCAGGCAUUCCAGACGCCUACCACGGCGCCCGCUGCCGACGAGCUCGCCAAAGCGUCCGUCAUCUUCCUGCCUUCUCUGCCGAUGGCGCUCAUCCACACGUUGCUGCUCAAUCCGACCACCAAGGCGCUCCUGUACACGCCGACGGACGAGCAUUUCGGCAUCGUACCGCUCGAGGCUAUGGCAUGCGGACUUCCCGUCCUGGCAUGCAACACCGGCGGACCCGUCGAGACCGUUGUCGACCUGGCGCUAUCCGCUGAUGGCGAACCCACCAACCUUUCUGCUGGUACGGGUCUUCUCCGCCAUCCCUCAGCUUCUAUCUGGGCCGUCUCGAUCACCGCUCUGCUUCGACUGUCUCCUUCGCACCGAGACCAGAUCGCCACCGCAGCCAAGCAGCGGAUCCGAGACAAGUUCAGUACAGAGGUGCUCUCGUUGGCGCUGGAAAAGGCAUGCUACGAUGCUUACGAGCUGGGACGCGUGCGCGGUGACGAAGGACUGUAUCAGUGGGGAUCGUCGCUGGCGGUCCUGCUGGUCAUGUCGAUCCUGUUUUGGGUCAAUGUGUACUUUAGCCACGACAAGUUCUUGGCGUUCCAAGCGGCAAAGUUGGCAAAGGAGAAGGACAAGUGGAUGGCAGAGCUGCGAUCAUUGGGUGGUGCGGGAGGUGUGGCCGACGGGCUGAACCCGACUGCCGACCACGUCGCGCAGGCUCCUCCACCCACGCCCAUGUAG